AUGCUGCUUACGUGCGAGGGAGGCAAGGACAAGCGAGCCGUGGAUGAGGCGCGCUUGCUUUUUGAGGAGGCAUACGCCCGCAUGGGCAAGGAGUCGUACCUGAAAGCCGCCCCGCCUGCCGCCGAUGUCAACGGCGCGGACGCCCCCGAAGGCGGCGGCGGCGGCGGCGGCAAGAGCGUGGACGCGCUGCUGGCUGCUGAGGUGGCGGAGCUCAAGGACUUUAAAAAGUUUGCGUUCAGGUGGCACGAGACUGGCGUCAACAACACCAUAUUCGUGGCCUUCCCUACCGGAGAGGGCGCGCCGCGGCCGUCUGAGGUCGCCGCCAACGUGGCCGAGCACGUCAAGGCCACGAAGCAGCUGCCCGCCAGGUUCCUGCUGAAGCUGCUGCCCGUCGAGGCCACCUGCUUCGUGGGCAUAGACGAGAUAAAGAAGUUGGCCGAGGAUUUUGUGCCCAAGCACUUCCCUACGGGGGUCUUGUGA